AUGCGCAUCCGCGAGAGCGGAAUUGACCGCACCCCCGACACACCCACUACAUCCAACACACCCAUCACGCCCAACCCCACCCUCACUCCGUCGCCCCGUGCGCCCACCACCAUCAACACCACCACCGCCGCCGCCGCCGCCGCCGCCGCCGCCACCACCACCACCACCACCACCACCCCCACCACCACCACCACCGUAACCGAAGCCGACACAACCGACCUCUCAUGCCCACGCAAGUUCACCUCACGCAUUGGCCUAGUCGGUCACUUACGAAUCCAUCGUCCAGAAACUGGCGAACCAGGGCCUGAAGCACCCACCUACACUCGCCGCAACCGCCUUCACUGUCCACACUGCUCUCGCACAUGA